AUGCCACUCAUUCGUUUUUUGUUUACUCUCAUUUCCUUCGUCAACUUGAGCAUAGCUGGCUAUGUUCUCCAAGAUGACUACAACUCUGCAGCAUUCUUCGACAUGUUCGACUUCUUUACAGAACCGGACCCGACUCACGGAUUCGUUCAGUACAUUGACCAAGGCUCAGCAUGGAACUCCGGUCUGAUUGGCAACGCGAACGGCAAGGUCUACAUUGGAGUCGACCAUACAAAUGUCCAACCCAAUGGUCGUCCCAGUAUUCGCUUGACAAGCAAGGCCGCCUAUAACUCCGGUAGUCUCGUCAUCCUCGACCUCGACCAUAUGCCUGGCAACGCCUGUGGCGCAUGGCCUGCAUACUGGAUGGUUGGACCUAGCUGGCCCAAUGGUGGUGAGAUUGAUAUCAUUGAGGGUGUGAACACACAGAACCACAACGCCAUGACAUUGCACACGGCAGACGGCUGUUCCAUCUACGACAAUGGCAACUUCACUGGCAAUCUGUACUCGGAUGACUGUUACGUCAAUGCAGCGGACCAAACCAACAACCUAGGAUGUCAGAUUUCCACUAAUCAGUACAACACCUACGGUGACGGCUUCAACAACGUGGGAGGUGGUGUCUACGCCAUGGAAUGGACCGACGAAGCGAUCAGCAUUUGGUUCUUCCAGCGUGGUGCCAUCCCCUCGAACGUCCUAAGCUCCAACCCCCAACCCGACUACACUUGGGGAACGCCACUCUCUCAAUUCACAGGCUGCUGUGAUAUCCCCGAGUUUUUCUCGGACAACCAGAUUGUUUUCGAUGUGACCUUUUGCGGCGACUGGGCCGGUAGCGUUUGGAGCAGCGACUCUACAUGUUCUGCUCUGAGCGGCUCCUGCACCGACUACGUCGCCAACAACCCCCAAGCAUUCAACAAUGCCUAUUGGUCCAUCAACUCUCUGAAAGUCUUCGAG